AUGCCUUCAAACAAGGAUCGGCUUUACGUCGCACUUUAUGCCCAUGAGCGCCCAGACACGUAUCACUGGGCUUUCUUCCUUUCUCCGAAGAAUGACCCCGACGGUGAUGACCGGACGGUAAGAUACCACGUAACGAACACCAUCCUUAUGCGCGACGGUACCAUGCAGCAAACCUGGCGGUACGACCAAAAUCAGCUCAGGAAGGUUAAAACGGCCAGGCUUCUUUGUAGGGUUCUUAUAGGGAAAUCUGAGAAAUCACGGCAAGAACUCGAGAACUCCCUCAGAACCGUGCCGGUGGUGCAGGAUGACCCAAAUUGGAGAUGCCGAACAUGGGCUGCACAUGCUAUUGCGCAGCUGGCAAGAGACAAUGUCCUGAGCACAAAGUCGGCUACCGAUUGGUCCACGAUAGAGGCCGAGUGUAGAGCCUAUGUCCGGAAGAAAAGGGAGCAAGGAAGGUUCAGGUCAUUGACAGCCACAAUCCCGACAUAUGAUCUUAUGACGAAAACGGAGAUAACCCCUUGA